CAUUAGACAAAUACGUUAGGCAAUGUGUUUUUGAAGGUUAUAUUGCUAUUUAUAGCUUUCUAGUACGGGAAAUGCGUGCUGUGCCACCACAUGCUCGUUUACGUUCUAGCCUAGCUAGGUAGCUAACUAACUCAGUCUAUUUGACUGUUUUCUAGCUAACUAGCGUGACCUAACCUAGUGUAUUUAUUCCACAUUAUGUGAAAUACAAACGCAAUGCUUAGUCACAUGGUACAAGGCAUGACAUCGUUUGCUAAAUUACGAGCUUGUGGGGUCUAGCUAGCGAUGUUGGGCUUGAAAAGUACCUAGAAGACAUCACAUUUUUUAAGUGCCCUGCCCACCGCCUCGGGGAGGAGCGAACGAGGAGUCCACUAAUUCCAAGCGUUCCAUCUCUUGUUUUGAUCGACUCUACGUGCAAAUGUUGAAUCAACCCCGGGGACUUCUCAUGUCGACUAAAUGUGAUAGGCUAUGCAGCACAGAAGACUGUAUGCCCGGUACUGGGGUGUACCUACGACACGGCUACAUCUACUCCUCGCUAGCAGGCUACGUACUCAGGAAGAACGAAGGAGAGGAGCUACCAGUCAUCUCGGUGGUGAGAGAAACCGAGGCUCAGCUACUACCAGAUGUAGGAGCCAUAGUGACCUGUAAGGUGACCAGUAUCAACCCCAGGUUUGCCAAGGUCCACAUCCUCUACGUUGGUUCCACACCACUGAAGGACCGUUUUAGAGGAACCAUCAGGAAAGAAGAUGUACGAGCAACAGAAAAAGACAGGGUGGAGACGUAUAAAAGCUUCCGUCCUGGAGACAUCGUCCUGGCUAAAGUCAUCUCCCUGGGAGACGUCCAGUCCAACUACCUGUUGACUACAGCAGAGAACGAGCUGGGGGUGGUGGUAGCCCACAGUGAAGCAGGAGCCCAGAUGGUGCCUAUCAGUAGUAUAUUUCUGUUUCCCUCCUCUCAGGAGCCCAGAUGGUGCCUAUCAGCUGGUGUGAGAUGCAGUGCCCACGGACACACGCCAAAGAGUUCCGCAAGGUGGCCAGGGUGCAACCUGAGUACCUGCAGGCCUGAGCAGGGACCAGUGGGCAGCGUGCACCCCUCACCUCUCCAGCCCCCCCAGCAGGGACCCCUUUCCCUUCCUCAAGGAACACACAGCUUCCCUAUCUCUGAUAGAGAGACAAACACACUCACACUUGGAUUGUGAACGAUGCAUUGUGUGUACAAAGGACCAAAAUAUUUUAGAGGUCAUGUACAGAUGCUUGGACAUGAUGCUUAUAUAGUACACGGGUCAUUGACCUGACACACACAGACACAGAGCCUUGUGUUCAGGGGGGACACCUCAACAGUAGAUUCCUCCCUCAACAACUUACAGCAAGGCAGCAUUUUUUUCCCUCCAGGUUCUGGAGGGCUACAGUAGGGGUGCAGGAUUUUGUUCCAACCCAGCACUAGGACACCUGAUUCAACUGAUCACUGGGGCCUUGAUUGGCUGACUCAGUCUCGUUAGUGCUGGACUGGAAUAAAAGCCUGCACCUCUACUGUAGCCUUGUAGAGCCAGGUGAGAGAGAAAUGCUGCCUUGCUGUAGGUUGUAGAGGGAGGAACUAGUGGCUACAAUACUAGCCCUUUAGAAGCAGGAAUAAAUAACAUCCGGGGUCACCUUCUGAUCCGGGGUCACCUUCUGAUCCGGGGUCACCUACUGAUCCGGGGUCACCUUCUGAUCCGGGGUCACCUUCUGAUCCCAUACCCUUCUCCCUGAACUCUGCUCUCAUGUAUCCCCCAUGGAUUUACUAGCAUAUCUCUUCCACCAGUCCUUUCCUUUUAAAUCCAUGAGGGGUAGUGAAUGAGUGAACACUUUUUUUUGGGGGGGGGGUAUAGAAUCAGACCACAGCCCUGGGGUGACAGUCACCAGUACAGACAGGCCCAAUUCCAAAUGGACCCUUGAACCCUACACGCUAGUGAGUAGGGCUUGAUUUGGGAUCGGGCCUUAGAUGGCUAACAGUUGGGAUGUUGAAGCGAAGAGCUGGAAUUGAAAGUGUCGUUUUGUGGCGGCACCGUUAAGACUCAUACGACCAUGAGGACCUUUCUGCACCAAGUCAGAGAAACGGAGAUGUUGGUUCUCUCCAAGAGUUGUUUCUUCUGUCGUUUCAAAACAAUACUUCCUGUUUCUUCAUCUCUCUCAUUUCUUCCUGUACUUGUCAGCAGAGGCAGAGUCAAAUAAAGUGAAUACCAAAGUGUAUCAUGUAUGAACCUCUCA